ACCCUCCCAGGUGCUUCCUUCUGCUUUGGUAAUUGGUAGGAAAGUAAAACUUUCUCUAACAAACAACUUGAUUUUUUUCCCCCCAAAACUGAAGACCUUGGAAGCCAGCAGCAACAGCUUCAUUUGCUCCUGUGACUUCCUGUCUUUCACGCAGGGGCAGCGAGCACGGGCCCAGGACCUGAUCGACUGGCCAGAAAACUACGUGUGUGACUCUCCAUCCCACGUGCGGGGCCAGUGGGUUCAGGAUGCCCGGCUCUUGCUGGCUGAAUGCCACAGGGCAGCCGUGGUGUCCGCCAAGUGCUGCGCCCUUUUCCUGUUGCUCCUGCUCACCGGGGUUUUGUGCCACCAUUUCCACAGGGUAUGGUGCAUGAAGAUGAUGUGGGCCUGGCUCCAGGCCAAACGGAAGCCCAAGAAGGCUCCCCGCGGGGACCUCUGUUAUGACGCCUUUGUGUCCUACAGUGAGCAGGAUUCCUACUGGGUGGAGAACCUCAUGGUCCAGGAGCUGGAGCACUUCAACCUGCCCUUCAAGUUGUGUCUUCACAAACGGGACUUCAUUCCUGGCAAAUGGAUUAUUGACAAUAUCAUCAGCUACAUCAAAAAGAGCCACAAAACCAUCUUUAUGCUCUCAGAGAGCUUGAAGAGUGAGUGGUGCAA